GGCGGUUCCAGGCCCGGGUCAGGGCCAUGGUGGCAGUCAUGACUCCAGCCGUGAGGGGGCUGCGCGCGGGUUGCCAGGGUCUCCGCUACGGGGCAGGUUCUGAAAGAAAAUGGAGUUUGCAGUCAAAACAGACUUCUUUCAGAUUUUGUAGUACUGGAAUGACCUUGGACAACAUCAACAAGCCAGCCAUAGAUCGCAUAAUCAGGGUGGAUCAUGCAGGGGAGUAUGGGGCAAAUCGUAUUUAUGCUGGGCAAAUGGCUGUGCUAGGUAGAACUACAGUAGGGCCAGUCAUUCAGCAAAUGUGGGAUCAAGAAAAGGACCAUCUGAAAAAGUUUAAUGAGUUAAUGGUCGCAUUUAGAGUUCGACCUACUGUUUUAUUGCCUUUUUGGAAUGUUGCAGGGUUUGCUUUAGGUGCUGGAACUGCUUUACUUGGAAAAGAAGGUGCAAUGGCUUGCACUGUGGCAGUGGAAGAGAGCAUAUCAGAGCAUUAUAACAACCAGAUCAGAACACUAAUGGAGGAGGAUCCAGAAAAAUACAAAGAAUUAUUGCAGAUAAUAAAGAAGUUCCGAGAUGAGGAGCUGGAGCACCAUGAUGUAGGGCUUGACCACAAUGCAGAAUUGGUAUUUUCAUUGAAAUUAGUGGGGCUACAUGUGGAGUAAUAUACUUACAAUGUCUUCUGUGGCAUUGAUUGGAUAGAGACAUGCCAGCUUUCACAGUGCAGGGGAAGAGGGUUCCCCAAAUCUCUUAAAAGCACCAUAGCAUGAGAGCAAUUGAAAUAUACCAGACGAAAUUCUGACUGCAUCUUUCACAAGAAGUACAUACUGUCAAUGCCUGGUGAUGACAGAGAAAUACAGACCACACCGUGCAAUAAUGCAGUUGGUAUAUCUUAAACUGGAGUGAUCCCUCCAGUUUGUACAGCAGAAGUACAGAUUUUACAAAACUCCUUUCUAGAGCCCUGGGAUGGAGACAGUUAAUGGCCUCAAGUGGCCAAACAGUAGAAUUGGGAUGUGAAUUUCCUCAUGCCUCACUUCCAGAUGAGACUGGUACAGCUUGUUUAGUAGUGGACUACUCACACAAUAAAGGAGAUGGACAGGAUCUUGGGCCAGGUAGUGUCCAAUGUUCCUUCUGCCUAGAGCACCUCCUGCCCAUUCUUCCAUUGUCACUGCCUCCUAGAGAAGGUGUGAUCAAAAAGGAAACUUUAAAGGGAAUUUGGCACAGUUUUUUCACACACACACAGUCCUUUUUAACAUUUUAUAGUUUAAUAACGAGUUAGGCCAAUUUAGUGCUACUUAUGGCAGAGACUGAAACGCUUGCAUUAUUUUCACAGUGACCUCUGCAGUGUUUAAGCAAAAUCACUUCCGGAAUGUAUGCCAGUUAGAUGUGCUGACCUAUUGCUAUAAAAUCAUUUGAGGUCACUAUUAAAUUUGUGUUAAAAUGCAAGUUUGAAGCUGGGAUACGUAUUGAUUUUGGUUGUCUGUUGGAGAUAGGCUUUCACUUCUAUCAACAGUGUUGUAUGAAGAUGGAAAGGAAUGUAAAAGUCUUUCCUCUUAAAUCAUGGAAACAAAAAAUUAGGGUUUUGGGUGGAGGGAGUGUGUCCUGUUCCAACCUUACCUGCCACUAAACAUAGUUCUCGUUCACUAGUCUAGUUUUCAUCCUUUCCGUUGAAUGGAGAGCAUUUAGCUUGUUUGCCAGAUUAGAAAUAGAAUCCUUUUGUUGUUCAAGAUUAAAAGUUGUAGCAUAUCAAGCCUUGUUUCUUACAGACAAAGCGAACAGUGGUGGAGAAGUGAUUGAAAAGCUGGCUCACAAGUGUAGGGAAGGUAGCAUUUUUUCAUGACUUCUUUGCAAAGGCGGGAAUUGCAAGGUGAGAGACAGAAUAUCUCGGAGGUACUGCUCAUGCCAUUGUUGUUGAAGUGGUGUUAGCAUUACCAACGUAAAACCUCUUUUACAGGGGGCUUGUAAGGCAUCUGUAAAAAUUCAUUCCUAGCUAAAAUUUAGCAUUUAAGGUUUUUGCAAGAGGAUGAUUUCCCUACCACCUCUUCCCCACCCCUUUUAAAUUUGGUCAAAAAAAGUAUAUCUUCAAAUAGAAACUUUUUGUAUGCUCCCUAUCACUGGUCACAAUGGCUCUUUAUAUAAACAGCAACAACAAAAUCAUCUAAUUGGACAGGCAGUGAGAUAAAUUCUGUUCUCAGCUAACCAGUGUAGAACUCCAUUGACUUCUAAUGAGUUGAAGUGGACAUCACUGAAGUCAUUUACAUUGUUUAAACGAAGUAUAAUUUGGUCACAGUCCUUAGUCUCUUCACUCACCCACUGGACCCACUCGACACAUUGGCUUUGACUCAUCUAAAUCACUGAGUUGAUGGGGAGUGGGAGUACAAGGAAGUAAACUUUUCCAAGGGACUUCUUGGCUGAACCCCAGGAAGCCGUGACUAGCACAGAUGUGACUUAUAUUAG